AGGUGUGGAAGGAAAGUCAUAUCUGAAGAAGACAAAUGGCCUCAGCAGGUCCUAAGGACCAAACACACACAGCAGGGAAGAGGAGGAAGCAGGAGGCAGGACUGAGAGGGGAGGGGACAGAGGGGUGUCCUGGGCAGAGCCCCACCCUUGCCCUGGCCCUGAUAAGUGCACCUGUCCUGGAAGGAGGCUCAGCACAGAGGGAGGAAGGACAGCAGAGCCCACAGUCACAGCAGCCCUGACAAGAGCGUUCCUGGAGCCCAAGCUUCUCCAUACAGAGGACAGAGCAGGCAGCAGAGGCCAUGAGGCCCCCCUCAGCCCGUCCCCACAGAGCGCACAUCCCCUGGCAGUGGCUUCUGCUCACAGGGCCAGUGGUUCAGCCUUCCAUCCAAGCCAGCGCAAGCAACACAGUCACGGAACAGAAGGACUGUGUGGUCCCGACCUGCCUCACAAGUGACACGGGAACCUCCAUUCAGUGGACCUUCAGUGACCACAGUCUGCAGGUCACAGAGAACGUGAGGCUGUCCUGGGACCACUGCAUGCUCAGCAUAGACCCCAUUAGGAGGGAGAACUCUGGGGAGGGUCAGUGUGAGGUCUCCCACGCGGCCAGCUCCUGCAGAAGUGAGCCCCUCACACUGACUGUGAAACACCAGCCACCUCAGUCCCCCCACAAGUUAGUCAGCUCUAAAUCGAUGCUUUUCCUGUAAAAUGGUGGUAAAUCACCCACUUCCUUUGUAGAGCCCUUGGGAAGAGCAAUGGGAUGGAGGUGGAAGGUCCUUGGAGAACUUGUCAAUAAAUGCUCA